AUUAAAAAACAUUUCAGUGUUCAAACUUCGUGAGUGUCAACAGUAAUUGAUCCUAACGUGAAACAAUUUAGCAGGAAAGGAAGCCAUGGCCAUGGCAAUGACAGCAGCAGCAUUUCCUACAACAAUGUUGUCUGCUUCUUUCUUCAGCAGAAGAGCAGGAAGAGUGCUUUUCUCACUGCCCAAGAACUCGGCUCAUGUCACAUUCACAGUUGCUUCAGCAAAAUUAUCCUCUCCUUCAACUUCUUUCAAGGUCAAAUUUGGAACAGGGAAGACAGGCGCAAAUCCCCAGACAACCAUUUAUAAGGAGGCCCCGUCCACCAAGCCACAAGGCUUUGUGGUGCCAUGGCUUGUGGAGGACGCCCAGGGAAAUUUUAGCUUGCAAAUGACCCACCCCGAUUACAAUGACCGUGAUAAUGGCGAUUCCCACAGCAUGGAUUUAUUGUCACAUUCAACUACCCAAAGAAAAAAGUCCACAAAGGUGAAAACAUCGAAGGUAACAGCUGAGUCCAAGUAUUCCAAAGCCUCGAAGGUAACAGCUGAGUCCAAGUAUUCCAAAGCCUCGAAGAUAACAACCGAGCCCAAGUAUUCCAAAGCUGCUCGCAGAUUUUACAAUGAAAAUUUCAGAGCGCCUCAACGCCUCGGCAAGGUCUUGGCCGUGGCUGGAGUGGCUUCGAGGCGUGGGAGUGAAGAAAUUAUAUUUGAAGGCAGAGUGGCAGUAAAUGGAGCUAUCUGUAAGACUCCUCAGACUCUUGUUGAUCCUCUGAAAGAUGCUAUCUAUGUUGAUGGGAAUACCCUCCCAAAGAAGCAACAGAAGAAAUUUUAUUUUGCUUUGAACAAACCAAAAGGGUACAUCUGCUCAAGUGGUGAAGAGAAGAAAUCAGCGUUGUCACUUCUUGAAAAAUAUAUGAAAAUAUGGGUAGAAAGAAAUCCAGGGGUGCCAAAGCCCAGGUUGUUCACAGUUGGCCGACUUGAUGUUGCUACUUCUGGAUUGAUUAUUAUCACAAAUGAUGGGGAAUUUGCUCAAAAGGUUGCGCAUCCUUCAUCAGGGCUUACGAAAGAGUAUGUUGCUUCUGUUGAGGGAAAAGUUAAUAUGAGACAUUUGCAGGCCAUUAGUAAAGGGACCCUUGUUGAAGGAGUUCAUUGUGCCCCUGUAUCUGUUGAACUUAUAUCUCUACGAAAUGAACAGAAGCAAAGAGUGCGCAUUGUAGUUUCAGAGGGCAGAAAGCAUGAAGUUCGCCAUUUAAUAGAGAAUGCUGGACUGGAACUUUACUCAUUGAAGCGGGUGCGCAUUGGUGGUUUCAAGCUUCCUCAAGACCUUGGCAUUGGAGAGCAUCGAGUACUAGGAGAAGCUCAGAUAAAAAAAUUGGUGGGCAUAAGCUCAUAGGGAAGAGGAGUCAAUCCUUAGGAACCCUAUCUUAAGGUGUCUUGAGAGAUGUCAAAUGACAACAAUGAUGUACAGUAUCAUGUCAGCAAGAAUACAUUGAAGACAAGAAUUUUGUUUAACGGAUUCCAGUAAUUAGAAACUUUUUCUUUAAACAGAUUAAUUUUGAGAGAUCUCAUGUACAUUCAAUAUUAUAUUGGUGCACUUCUGUCCAUCGAUCACUCCAGUUGUUCUGCAGCCAUUGCCAAUUGUGAUGUAACUCGUUCUGUACUAAUUUCUCAUAUAUGUAAAAGCAGCUUAAUAGCUGUCCUGUUCCUUAUUUA